UUCCUCCUAAACUUUUUUUUUUUGUUUUUUUCAAAUUCGUGGAGCUAACCAUGAAAUCGACUCACCAUCACAGAGCUCCACUAAUUUCUGCUUCUUCCUCAUCUUCAUCUUCUUCCCAAAACCAUUCAUUCGUCUCUAGGCUCCUCCUUCUCCUUACUUUACUUCCAGUUUCCCUUGCUUGUCUCGCCUUUAUCCUCCAAUGGCGAGGCGGUGGUCUCGCCGAUCCUGCCUCUGCUUCUGUUCGUUCAUCUACGUCGGUUCCUGGCGGCUCCGAUCUCAAUCACGAGGUGUUUCCCGGCAUGGAGACUGUUUCUUCUGUCUCCCCAAAGUCUCACCAAUCGUCUUCCGACUGCUCAAAUCUAGCUCGUAGCUCUUCUCCUUCUUUUCCUUACUAUGGUGAUUGGAAGUUUGGUGUUGAUACUAGUUUAAAGCCUAAGAUAUGUAUUACGACUAGCACAUCAGCUGGAUUGGAUCAGAUUCUACCAUGGAUGUUCUACCAUAAGGUUCUAGGAGUCUCUACAUUCUUCCUUUUCGUAGAAGGGAAAGCUGCUACUCCGAGUAUUUCUAAAGUGCUGGAGUCUAUUCCUGGGGUGAAAGUAAUAUACAGGACGAAAGAGCUUGAGGAGAAGCAAGCAAAGAGCCGGAUUUGGAAUGAGACGUGGCUAUCGUCUUUCUUUUAUAAGCCCUGCAAUUAUGAGUUAUUUGUCAAACAAUCUCUCAACAUGGAAAUGGCCAUUGUCAUGGCAAGGGAUGCCGGCAUGGAUUGGAUACUUCAUCUUGACACAGAUGAGCUAAUAUACCCAGCAGGUGCUCGUGAGUACUCACUCAGACGGUUGCUGCUUGAUGUUCCUCCAAAUGUGGAUAUGGUUAUAUUUCCAAAUUACGAAAGCAGCGUAGAAAGAGAUGAUAUCAAGGAUCCUUUUACAGAGGUGUCAAUGUUCAAGAAGAAUUAUGAUCAUCUUCCAAAAGAUACAUAUUUUGGAAUGUACAAAGAAGCAACACGAAAUAAUCCAAAUUACUUCUUGACUUAUGGUAACGGCAAAUCAGUUGCUCGGGUUCAAGAUCACCUUCGUCCAAAUGGGGCACACAGAUGGCAUAAUUACAUGAAAACUCCCAAUGAGAUCAAAUUGGAGGAGGCUGCUGUCCUACACUACACAUAUGCAAAAUUUUCUGACUUAACAUCCAGGCGUGAUCGAUGUGGCUGCAAGCCUACAAAAGAAGACGUGAAAAGAUGCUUUAUGUUGGACUUUGAUAGAUCUGCAUUUAUAAUUGCGUCAACAGCAACUGAAGAAGAAAUGCUAAGCUGGUACCGUGAACACGUUGUGUGGGGCGACAAAGAGGUGAAGACGAAACUCAUUAGGAAGGGUAUUCUGACUCGCAUCUAUUCACCAAUGGUUGUUAUACAAGCAUUGAAAGAAUCUGGUGUCUUUAGCUCGGUUGUCUCAUCAGUGUCUACAAAUCUUUCAAAGAAAAAGUUCUUAUCAUCAAUUCACAAAAGCAACUCAUCCAGGUCUACUGCAUCUGAGACCCUUCCAUCAAAGGAAAACAAGUCUGAGGGCAUCUCUGCAAGGCACCUUCUUGGGGAUGAAUCAGCCAUCCCUCCUUUAUCGCCACCUGGGAUGGAACACGCUAGAUUUGUCACAGAGGAUUAACAGGUUUUAGCAUUGAGCUGAUGCAUUCGCUUUUACAGAUAUUGAUACUGGGUACAAUAUGAGUGCUGUGUAGCUUUAGGAAGGCAAGUGAAGUAGAACAAAGAAGAAUGAAGAAAGCGGGUUUGUGCGA